GGAAAAUACGUAAUUCUCGUGGAGAAUUUUGUUGUAAUCAUCUUCAGAGUGGGGUUCGGGUCCGCUGAUCGGUACAGCAUGGAUGGGUUUCUGGGCGUUCUCUAGAGGCAUUUCUCUCCCUUCGGGAGGAGGACAUGCGGCACCGGGAACGGUUGUGAUAUAAUUGUAACGCGCAAAUAAAUGAAGUGUCUGUUUUUGUCGUAUUUACUACAUAUCUUCAAAAGUGAAAGUAUACGCAACGUUGACUAUGUAAUAUGUAAAGCACGGGACAGAACGUUUCUACAAUCGUGGCAGAUUGUUUACAUGUUAAGAUUAAGUCGGUCGCUCCUAAGAACUCUGUACAAGGGUAUUUCUACAUCUAUGGGUAAUCCUGUGUCUGUUCAAGAGUGCAAAAGACCCAAAAUGGAUCCUUAUCUUAACAGUUGUUACAACCAAAAUAAUGCUUCUGCAAUGUGCAGUAUACCAUUCAACACAGCUUCAGACAAUGCAAUUUAUUGUCCCAGUGAUACAUAUGAAACAUCCUAUGGUGUCAAAGCUAAUGUGUGUAGAACAUCUGCAAAUUGUUUGCCAGGAAAUCAAGCAUUUGAUAGACAAAGAUACAAUACUAUAAGAAAGUGGAAGCGCUUUGGGAAAGGUAAACCAAACAGCAAUGCAGAAAAUUAUUUUACAUUGAGACUUUUAUCCUUCAAUAUCCUGGCACAAAAUCUGUUAGAGACUCACUCUUAUUUGUAUAAAGACCAUGACCCAGCAGCUCUAAGCUGGGUGACUCGAAAACCUCUUGUAUUACAGGAGAUAUUUGAAGCAGAAGCAAAUAUAAUAUGCCUUCAGGAAGUGUUGGAGGAUCAUUUACUAGAUUUUGUAGCACCAUUCCGAGAAUUAGAAUAUGAAUAUUUAUAUAAAAGAAGAACAAACGACAAAAAGGAUGGUUUACUCUUGUUAUAUCGCGGCGAUCAGUUCACUUUGCUUGAUUAUGCAAAGGUGGAGUUAUAUCAAUCCGGUGUUGAUAUCUUAAACAGAGAUAAUGUCGGAAUAAUCGCUAAAUUGUCUCUCAGAGAUAGUCCAGAAACACAAAUUGUUGUCGCCACUACACACUUGUUAUACAAUCCAAGACGCAAUGAUGUACGACUGGCACAGACACAGCUUUUGUUAGCAGAAAUAGAGCGGAUCGCAUUUAUCGAAAACACACAAAAAGGCCCAAAAUAUUUACCGAUCAUACUAGCGGGCGACUUCAACUUGACGCCAUUCUCGGCUGUUUACAAGUUCCUAACGGAAGGUUCGUUUGAGUACUAUGGCAAAGGACGGAAUUUAGAACCGAGCGAAUACCACUCCUUGCCGAACUCCUUGAUACCACCGCGAUUAUGCGUUACCGAUAAUUGUCAGCACUUUAACGUCUUAACUCAGAGAUUGAGAAAGGAAGGCAAUGGUAGAGUCAUGCUGGAAAACAGCGAAUCGGUUCCUCAGAGAACACAAAAUACGCACACAUCUUGUAGUACAAGCGGCGUAAACAUCAAUACCAGCCGUAUGCAGGUCAUCAAGAUAACGGAGGAUCAUUUAGUGAAAUUCUCGUCUGGUAUUCUAACACAUCCUUUUGAUAUGCGUAGCGUAUACACGCAUGCGAAUGCUAAAGGUGAGAUGGAGGCGACGACGCAUCAGGAUGAGUGGAUCACAGUUGAUUAUAUAUUUUAUAGCAAUAUUCAACCUGUAGAGAAGUACAUAUUGCCUACUGUGAACCAGUGCACCACGUUACCAACUAUACCAAAUUUCGUAGUAGGCAGUGAUCAUCUGAGCAUAGGUGCCACUUUCCGAUUAUCGAGAAAGAAAUCUCCGCUAUAAAGUAUAAUCUCUUGCUAUUAUAUAUUAUAUAUAUAUAUAUAUAUAUAUAUAUAUAUAUAUAAAAUAUAAUAGUUACUACAUAUAGUAAUACCUUGGAUCAUUAUCCAAGGCUGCUAUUCCGUUACCAUGGUUCCGAUAGUUCUCGAACCAGUAGGUGUCGUUGCACAGUUUUUCCACGGUAUAAAAAAAGCUGCGCAACGACGCCUACCGAUUCGACAACUGUGUCGGUAUGUGAGAACGGAAUAGUACUCCAGCAAUGCCAUAUUUCAGUGAAAUCUACGUGUUUGAGGAAAGGAAAAAGGACUUAUGUUUAUUGACUUAAUUAUAAUGCUAAUUUAUUAUUGAUAAUUUUUAAUUCAUAAUUUUCGUUUCCUUUAGGAGAUAUUGCUAACAUUUCUAUUAUUCUUUUUUUCCUUAUGAAAUCAUAAAUUUGGUGUAAUGCACGUUUAAAAAAUUUGCAUAGUAUUAAAAAGUGCUAAAAUUUC